ACGCCACCAAGCGCCUUCUCAGAGAACGAAAACGUAAACAUACGUGAACUCCUCUGCUCAUCAUUGCUGGCUUUGGCUUUGCUUUCCGUAAGGCCUAUAACUGUUUUGCCUGUGUAUUUCCACUGCAUCGGCAAUCGUGUGGUGUCGUUGUGAGGUCUGAUCUGACGGGAACGAGGCGACGCGAACAAAUAGUGCUGCUCGAAGAUGCCACGGAAAACUCGGUGUACUUGCAGGCGGUGCUGUCUCCACAGCUAUAGUUGAGCUUUGAGGUGAAUGGAUCCAGAUUGAGCGAUGGGAAGUCGAGCUAAAGAGAGCAAAACUAACGGAUAUGUGGGCCUGAUAGAACAGGCACCAGAUAUCCACAAGGUUGGCUACCUCAAGAAGCUAAAGACAAUGAGGAAAAAGUUUUUCGUCAUGCGCCGAGAGUCAGCGGCGGGGCCUGCGAGGCUGGAGUGCUAUGACAGCGAAAAGAAGUGGAAGUGCGGAGUGCUGCCAAAACGCAGUGUGGAGCUCCGGACGUGCUUCAACAUCAACCGCAGGGCAGACGCCAAGCAGCGACAUGUACUAGCCCUGCACACGCGGGACGACACACUUGCCCUGGUGGCUGAAAGCGAGGAAGAGAGAGAGUCAUGGCUCGUAGAACUCCUGCGCCUACAGCACGGGGGCUGUCUGGAUGAUGCAGAGGCCAGGCCUAAACCCCUAUUUGAACAUGUAUGGCAGGUGAACAUCAAGCCUAAAGGAUUAGGGAGUAGCCGCAACAUCUUGGGCGCCCAUCGGCUGUGCCUUACAGCAAAGUCUCUCAGCCUAGUCAAGAUGCCCUCUGACCAAGAAGAGCCCGAAGCCCUGGAGUUCCCUCUGAUGAGUAUUCGUCGCUGCGGCCACUCGGACUGCUUCUUCUUCAUGGAGCUGGGCCGUUCUUCUGUCACUGGCUCUGGGGAACUGUGGAUGCAGACGGAGGACACGGUCAUCGCCCAGAACGUCCACGAAACGAUAUUGGGGGCAAUGAAGACCUCUUACAACAAAGAAGACCUGGGUCCCAUGUCACGGCCGCGGAGCUCGUCCACGAGUGAAAACAGCAAGCCCAUCAGCCACAAGCGCCCAUCCCAUCUUUUGGGCUCCUCCGUGCCCACGGGCAGCGUGUCAGUGGGGUGCCGAGACCGUAGCGACUCCAUGCCUACAUCUCGGAGCCGUAACACCAGCGAGUCCCAUUCGGACUCCAGCGUGCCAGGUCAUGCACAUGUAGGCUAUGGAAGAGUCUACUCUGCGUCUCCACCAUCCAGCAGCCACAUGGUAGUGGGCUCCUACGACAGUGCAUGUAGCAGCUUCUCUACGGACGAACCAGAUGGCCAGACAGAAUAUUUCAACCGGUACAGCCACUCAUUGCCAGUGGAUAUUCUCGCUGGACCUAAAGAGCCCACCAUCAAAGAAGAGGGGACUGCUGAUGACUACCUGGUCAUGGCCUCGCCUGUUGGAAACCAGUCUGACAGUACCCUUCAUCAUCCAGCUCCUCUUCCACAAAGUCAUCCUACUUCAGAGCCCAGUGAAUACCUCAAGAUGUCCAUGUCACCUACUUCUUCCAUACCAGAAACUAGUGAUGGCUAUAUCCCAAUGAGUCCAGUAGGAUCCCUGGGCAGUACAGCAGAGAAAGGGAGUGCAGCAGCGUUGCACGUAGGGUACCUGUCCAUGGAGCCCCAAGGCAGCUCACGUUCUUCCGUCGUGCCUCAUACCGCAGCCCCGGCACCCGAGGGGUACAUGGAUAUGGCACCACUGUCUUCCUCAUUGCCAAAAUCAGUGGGUGACAGCUGCACAGACUUCAGUGGAAGCUGGUGCUCUGCACACAGCCUUCAGGAUGUGCCAAGUUCUGCAUCGCCGCUUUCGGCCAGUUUAGAGGGCUUUCACCUGGAGAAGGUCAAGUCCUACUUUUCCCCCUCUGAAGAUGACUCGGAGGAUUACAUAAAGCCUGUACGUGCAUAUUCCAUUGGAAGCAGGCAACAGGUGCAGAAGAGCCACCUGUCUGCCCAGCUGGAGCAGUCACGCGUGCGAGCAUACUCUGUGGGAAGCCAAGCUGCUCCAGCAGCCCUGCGCCGACGGAAUCACAAAGAAGCGGACCCCGAAGUGAGCUCUCUGCGGAACUCUAACUCGUCAAAGAAGUCAUCCAGCGUGCCGUUGCUCCCCGAAGCGGCGUCGGAGAAGUCGUCCCCGACGACCACGCCUCACGCCGAUUACAGCGAGGACCUCAUGGAGAUUAACUACGACAAGAAAUGGGAGACGAAGACGGAUGAAAAGUGUAAGGUCAGGACGACGGCGCCUCCCUCAACUCUCGGAGUGUCGCGAAAAGCGGAGGAAGCGGGGACUCCCAAGGAGUUUGCUCCCAGGAAGCUGAGCUCCGGGUCGAGAGAAGGCUCCGCUUCGAGGGGUCGCAAGAACGCGGACUACAGCUACAUGCACAUGGGUGCUGGAGACGGCCGUUCCCCGUUUGCGGACUGCAACUACUUGCCCCUUUCUUACUACAGCGGCGAAGGGUUGAACGGGAUCACCGAAGCUGUCUGCACCAAGGAGAACUGCCGCAAGGGCGCCGACGCGCUCGUCGAAACGAGGAGGGAUACGGUGGCACGCAUACUGAGGGAGGGAAGCGCGUCUGCUCCUAGCAACGGGAACUCUGACUACGUGCUGUCGGAGCGGGUCGGACCGAGUGUUCCGUCGACCAACACCCCGAGGCUGUCGUCCACUCCGGAGAGUAGUCAACUAGGGGAGUACGUCAACCUAGACCUGAGUAAAACUUGGAAGUGGACCCAACCUGUGAGGAGCAGCGUGCCUUUGGUUCAGCCUGCCCUCGCACCCCUGGCGUCGAUGGCAGACGUCGUCGACCCGUUGCUGGAACCCCCGGAAGCGAGCUACGAAAAUAUCUCUCUAGGGGAUGGUCUACCCGUAGAGCGGGUGCUCAACUACGCUUCUUUGGACCUGGCUCCGCCGAGCAGUAGUGAAGAAGGGAAUGGCACCCGCUCACCGCGUGGAGGACCCCCUCCAACAGUCGAAGACGAGUGCCCCACGUUCAUGUAUGCAGAGAUAGACUUUACCAAGUCCGAGGGACUGCGAAAUGUCUCUGGAACACUGCGUGAAGGACGUCUGUAAAACAGGUGUCUUGCUAGUCUAGCCGGGCUCACCUAAUGUCAAUGGUUUCGGACAUGGGUUUUUGGUGCUGCUGCCGGAGGUAGUCCGCAAGUCCGGACGCCCUCUGGGGCCGCGCGUCGAGGAACAAACGGAUCGGAUGUACGACAGGAGUUCCUGGUGCUACAGCCUUCUCAAAGGCAAUGUGAAUUGUAUCUGCACUGGACAUAGUCUCCAAUGCAUGUUUUCUAUAUGUGACGUGAGGUUCAUCCGAAAAAUCUUGCGCUUUCUAUUUUUCCAGGUUUUUCUUCUUUGCGGUCAAUAAAUAUACCCUGAUUUAGAUGGAA